GCAAAAAUGGCAAGUCCCUCACACACAGACAUACCAUGCUCCUCGCACCCGCUCUACCCGAAACCCAGAAUUUUCGGCCAAGUCCUUCACAGCCAGGAACAUUCCUUCCUCGACCAUAGAGGAAUUCGGCUAAGUGCCUCCCAAACAGAGAUAGUCCUCUUACCCACACCCAUGAGACUUAAAAUAUUCGGCUACCCAAAAGUACGCUCUUAUUUUGGCACGCCGCAAAUGUUACCCUGUUGGACCUUGAACAUCGUGACAUGUCCGAGUCAAUGUUUGCUGUAACUCGGCUAAAAUCGCAGCAGCAGCAGCAGCAGCUGCAGCAGCCGCAGCAGUCGCAGCAGUCGCAGCAGCUGCAGCAGUCGCAGCAGCCGCAGCAGCCACCGCAGACGAGGCAGGCGAACAUCGACAAGCUCUGCGCAGUAGUCCCGGAAGUUCUGGCGAAAUUGAUUCGUCAAUUCCCAUACAUUUUUCUGGACGACUUGCCACCGGGCCUGCCACCAGAAUGCCCUCGGGACCAUCGGAUCAAACUCGAACCUGGAGCGCAACCAACUGUCCGGACACAGUGGCGGCUGACGCAACCCGAGCUCCAGGAACUACGGGACCAGCUGGACUACUUGCUGUCCAAGGGGUUCGUUCGACCGAGCAAGUCCCCAUUCGCAGUCCCGAUCCUGUUCAUACCCAAGAAAGAUGGGGCCCUCCGAAGGUGCAUCGAUUAUCGCGCCCUGAAUCGGGUUACGAUAAAAUCUUGCUACCCAGUCCCGCGUGCUGACGAACUGAUUGACCAGCUGUGAGGCGCUCGUUAUUUCUCGAUGU